AUGAAAACCGACCUGGAGCUCGCCUUGGAGUGCGCCAUCAACAUCUACCACCAGUAUGCUGUGAAGAAACCCAUAGAUGACUACCUGAGCAAGAAUGAGUUCUCGGAGCUGCUGAAGGAGAACGCCAAGCCCUUCCUCCACAACACCAUACCACCUAACCUGUCUGUUGAUGACUACAUAAGCAAGCUCUUCAAGAAAGCAGACCGCAACCAGGACGGUCGCCUGAAGUUCACCGAAUUCCUGACCACGCUGAACCUUGUAUUCAUUGAUGCCCACAAUAUGUCCCACAAGAGCCAUUCAGAUGCUGGUCAUGGCCAUGACCAUGGCCACGACCAUGGCCAUGACCACGGCCACGACCAUGGCCAUGGUCCCAGGAAGUAA